AUGCUCUCUAGGCUAAGAUCUGGUGUCCUUAGGGGACCAGUGCUCAGUGCUCGUCAGUUUUCGAAAUCAGCACUACGUCGUGCGGAGGUUGAAGUCACAGUGGACAAUGUCAAAGUGAAGAUUGAAAAUGGUUCAUCAAUUAUUCAAGCCUGUGACAAGGCAGGUGUUGUUGUCCCACGUUACUGUUAUCAUGACAAAUUGGCAAUUGCUGGUAAUUGUCGUAUGUGUCUUGUUGAUGUUGAAAAAGCACCAAAAUUGAUUGCUUCUUGUGCAUUCCCUGUUAGAGAAGGUAUGGUUGUUCAUACAGAUUCUGAAAGAGUCAAAAACGCUAGAGAAGGUAUCACGGAGUUUUUGUUACAAAAUCAUCCUCUAGAUUGUCCAAUUUGUGAUCAAGGUGGUGAAUGUGAUUUACAAGAUCAAUCAAUGAGAUACGGUGCUGACCGUGGUAGAUUCAAAGAAGUUUCAGGUAAAAGAGCUGUUGAAAAUAAGGCAAUCGGUCCAUUGAUUAAGACUUCUAUGAACCGUUGUAUCCAUUGUACUCGUUGUGUCAGAUUUUUAAAUGAUGUUGCAGGUGCCCCAGAAUUUGGUACAUCUGGUCGUGGUAAUGAUAUGCAAAUUGGUACAUAUGUUGAAAGAAACGUCAAUUCUGAGUUAUCAGGUAACAUUGUUGAUUUAUGCCCAGUUGGUGCCUUGACAUCUAAACCAUAUGCAUUCAGGGCUAGACCAUGGGAAUUGAAAAGAACUGAAAGUGUUGAUGUCUUGGAUGGUGUGGGUUCAAAUAUCAGAGUUGAUUGUAGAGGUAUUGAAGUUAUGAGAGUUUUACCAAGAUUGAAUGAUUAUAUUAAUGAAGAAUGGAUUUCUGAUAAAACUAGAUAUGCCUGUGAUGGUUUAAAAACUCAAAGAUUGACUACCCCAUUAAUUAGAAAUGGUAACAAAUUUGAAGCUGCAACUUGGGAUGAAGCCCUUUCAACUAUUGCAAGUGCAUUCACAAGAAUACAACCACAAGGACACGAAAUCAAAGGUAUUUCUGGUGCUUUAGCAGAUGUUGAAUCUAUGGUUGUUUUGAAAGAUUUGGUUAACAAAUUAGGUUCUGAAAACUUGACAACAGAUGAUAUUGACAGAGAGCAGGAACCAUCACCAUAUGGGGCUAAUGUUAAAUCUAAUUAUACCUUCAACUCAUCAAUUGUCGGAGUUGAAGAUGCUGAUCAAAUCUUACUAGUUGGUACAAAUCCACGUCAUGAAGCAAGUGUCUUGAAUGCUAGAAUCAGAGGAACUUGGUUGGACAAUCCAUUAGAAAUCCAUCAAGUUGGUCAAAAAUUCGAAUCAACAUUUGACAUCAAUUACUUAGGUGAAGAUGCCAAUGCUUUGAAAAGCGCAUUAUCAGGCGAAGUUGGUAAAAAACUAGCUGCUGCAAAGAACCCAAUGAUCAUUGUGGGCUCUGGAGUUGUCAAUUCACCAGAUGCUAAAGCUAUAUAUUCCAUGGUUGGUAAUUUUGUUAAAAAGAACAAAAACUUUAUUACUGCUGAGUGGAAUGGUUACAAUCUAUUACAACGUGAAGCUUCACGUGCAGGUGCCUUAGAAAUUGGAUUCCAUAACUCUUCUAAAGAAGCUGCCUCCACCAAACCAAAAUUCAUUUACUUAUUGGGUGCCGACGAAGUUAAAAAUAGAGAUAUUCCACGUGAUGCGUUUGUUGUUUAUCAAGGCCAUCAUGGUGAUUUGGGUGCUUCAUUUGCAGAUGUCAUUCUUCCAGGAUCUGCAUACACUGAGAAGACUGCAACAUAUGUAAACACUGAGGGAAGAGUUCAAUCAACUAGAGCUGCAACAUCUCCACCAGGUUCAGCAAGAGAAGAUUGGAAGAUCCUGAGAGCGUUGGCUGAAUAUAUGAAUGUUGAAUUGAACUAUGAUGAUAUCUACUCUUUGAAAUCAAGAUUAGGUGAAAUUUCACCAUCAUUAGUUUAUACUGAUGUUUUGGAACCAGUUAGUGCUGAAAUUGCCAAACUAGGUAUUGAUACAUUAGCUGGAUUAGAAACAAAGAUAACUGGUGCUGUAUUGAAGAACCCAAUAGAAAACUUCUGGAUGACUGAUGUUAUUUCAAGAAGCUCAGUCACUAUGGCUAAAUGUAUCCAAAGUUUUGGUGAGAAAGGUGAUAAAGUAUUUGAUGAACGUCCUGAAUAUGCAAUGGCAUGA